UUUACUCUGUGAAGAUCAGUGGGUGCAGCUCAAAAACGGAUCGCUGACGAGCACUCAGAGAAGGAAGGACUUUAAUAAAUGCCCAGAUCAUUUAUAUUCACAUCAACAUGAAACGCGCCCUUUCAGUCAGUAUUUUCUUAUUCAUGGGUGUGUUUGUGGAUACAGAUAAAAUGCAGUCAGUAUCAGUGCUGGAGGGAGAUUCUGUCACUCUAUACACUGGUGUUACUGAACUACAAGAAAAUGAUGAGAUAGAAUGGAGAUUUAAAGGAAUUCUCAUUGCUACAAUCAGUCGUGACCCCAAAAGUAAAUCAGAACGGGUUAAUACUGACGGGGCAUUAAAAGACAGACUGCAGCUGGAAAAUCAGACUGGAGAUCUUAAGAUAAGAAACAUCAGAAACUCAGACUCUGGAGAGUGGAAAAUAAAUAUCUUCAGCACCAGAGGAUCCCCAUCGAAGACAUUCUACAUCAGUGUUGUGCCUUUAGAUGAAUUGAAGCCAGUGUCAGUGCUGCAGGGAGAUUCAGUCACCCUCAACAGUACUAUUACUGAAAUACAGAGAGAUGAUGUGAUACGAUGGAGGUCUGAACAUCUUAACACUCCUGUAGCUGAAAUCAAUAGAAUGGAAGAAAUCUUCAACACAUAUGAUGGUCCUGAUGGGAGAUUCAGAGACAGACUACAGCUGGACUGUUUUACUGGAUCUCUGACCAUCAGGGACAUUGGAACCAGUCACUCUGGAGUUUAUGAAGCUGACAUCAGGAUUGGCAGCAGUGGAUACACCACACACAAGACAUUUAAUGUGACUGUCAGCGAUGCAGUGAAGACAGUGUCAGUGGUUGAGGGAGAAACUGUUACUCUACAGACUGUUACUGAAAUACAGAAAGAUGAUCUGAUACAGUGGAUGUUUGAUGGCACUGUCCUAGCUGAACUAUAUAAAGCAGACCAACACUUCUUCACAUCUGAUGGUCCUGAUGAGAGAUACAGAGACAGACUGGAGCUGGAUCAUCAGACCGGAUCUCUGAUCAUCACAGACACCAGAUCCACAGACUCUGGACUUUAUGAACUGAAGAUCAUCAGCAGCAGACGCAUCAUAAACAGGAGAAUCACUGUUACUGUCAGUGGUCCAGGUCUGUCUCCAGCUGCUGUAGCAGGGAUUGUUGGUGGUGUUGUUACUGUUGUUAUUCUGGUGACUGCAGCUGUAAUUCCUGUUGUGAUUAAACAUCGACGCAGGAUCGCUGAACUAGAAAGAGAAAAGAGAAGUGUUCGGCUCCUCUUUUCAAACUUAUCCAGUGCUGUUGGGCACAUCUUUUCAGACUUAUUCAGUGCUUUCUUCUCAAUUGAAGGGUGGAAGACCCCCAGAAGAGAGUCCUAUCUUUGAUGAAUGAUUCAGUGAUGAAGUUGUCCAAACUCACUGAAACAGAACAACAGUUUCUAGUCGUUUAUAAUCACUUUAUCAAUACACACAUGAAGAGUCUGAAGUGGAUCCAGUCGAGCUUUUGUAAAAUGAAACAUAAACAGAGAAACAUGCUUUUAUUCGUGAUGAAGUUAAUGUAAAAGUUUUCUGUUUGUGCUGAUGCUGAUGUUACACUGAUCAUAUUAAGCUCUUUUGACUCAGUUUGACUGAUUAAACGCAGGAUGUGACACUAAAA